ACAUCAACAACAACAACAUCCAAAUCCGCGAUUCUUCCUUUUUUUUUUUUUCCUCCUGCUUCUUCUUCUUCUUUUCUCGGCGUGUUUAAAAUCUAACAUUAAGAGAGGAGCUUCUUUUCUCAUGCGAGGCACACUGCGAGGGUGAAACUCCACAUUUUUUUUUUCCUCUCCCCGACGCCCUCCUCGUGGUCCUGCCCUCAAGACUGUGAGCUGAGUUCUGAUUGGAGGAAUGGAGUGCCAGUCUGUCCUGCACCAGUGAUCAGGGUCCAGCCAGGAGACUCCAGUGGUGACAUCCUGUGGAGCCAGAGAUCAAAGUUUUUAAGUCAUGAUGCAAGAAUCUGGGACAGAGGCGACGAGCAACGGGCAAGCCAAUCAGAAUGGAGGAGCGAGCGUGGAGGGCGGGUCCAGGGAGGGGCGACCCAAGAGCGCCACGCCGUCGAUGGAGGUGACCGCGGCCGACUUCCUGCAUCUCCAGCAGCACCAGGCCCUCCAAAUGGCUCGGCAGAUCCUCCUCCAGCAGCAACAACAACAUCAACAACAACAACAACAGCAGCAGCAACAGCAGCAGCAGUCCCAGUCGCAGCAACUGCAGUCUCAACAAAACACUGGCCGCAAAUCCCCCAAAGCCAACGACAAGCAGCAGAGCCUACAGGUUCCAGUUUCAGUUGCUAUGAUGACACCUCAAGUGAUAACUCCACAGCAGAUGCAGCAAAUCCUUCAGCAGCAGGUCCUGAGCCCUCAGCAGCUCCAGGUUCUCCUCCAGCAGCAGCAGGCCCUCAUGUUACAGCAGCAGCAACUCCAAGAGUUCUACAAGAAGCAGCAGGAACAGCUCCACCUCCAGCUUUUACAGCAGCAGCAGCAGCAUGCAGGCAGCAAGCAGAGCAAAGAGCAGCAGGUGUCACCACAGCAGUUGGCCUUCCAGCAGCAGCUCCUGCAGGUCCAGCAGGUCCAGCAGCAGCAUCUGCUCAACCUUCAGAGGCAAGGGCUGCUCACGAUCCAGCCCGGACAGACCGGCCUGCCGCUGCACUCCCUCACUCAGGGCAUGAUUCCAGCAGAGCUGCAGCAACUGUGGAAGGAGGUGACGAACGCUCACGUGAAGGAGGAGCACAACAACCACCACCACAGCAGCAGCAACAACGGCCACCGGGGCCUCGACCUGUCCUCCCCGGCACCGCCAAAGAACCCACUCCUCAACCAGCACGCCUCCUCCAACGGGCAGUACAUGAGUCACAAGAGAGAAAUAUCCUCGCUAGAAGAUCAUUCCCACCACAGUCACCCUCUCUACGGUCACGGCGUUUGCAAGUGGCCUGGAUGCGAGGCGGUGUUUGACGACUUCCAUUCAUUCCUCAAGCAUCUUAACAAUGAGCACGCCCUGGAUGACAGGAGCACGGCCCAGUGUCGGGUGCAAAUGCAGGUCGUACAACAGCUGGAGCUGCAGCUAGCGAAAGACAAAGAGCGUCUGCAAGCUAUGAUGACGCACCUUCAUGUCAAGUCCACGGAGCCCAAAGCCACGCCACAGCCGCUCAACUUGGUGUCCAACGUCACAUUGUCCAAAUCGGCCCCCGAGGCCUCUCCUCCUCUGAGCCUGCCCCAGACCCCCACCACGCCCACGGCACCCCUCACACCGCUGUCCCAGACCCACUCCGUCAUCACAGCCAACAGCCUCCACAGCGUGGGCCCCAUGCGACGGCGCUACUCGGAAAAAUACAACAUGCCCAUCUCUCCAGUUUGUGCUUGUUCCCUGUGUGCAGAUCUCAGUCAGAACAAAGAGUUUUACAUGAAUGCAGAGGUUAGACCGCCGUUCACGUACGCCUCACUAAUAAGACAGGCGAUCCUCGAAUCUCCAGAAAAGCAGCUAACACUAAACGAAAUCUACAACUGGUUCACACGAAUGUUUGCAUAUUUUAGGCGCAACGCGGCGACGUGGAAGGGUGCCAUUCGCACCAACCUUUCCCUGCAUAAGUGCUUUGUGAGAGUAGAGGAUGAGUUUGGGUCCUUUUGGACCGUUGAUGAUGAGGAGUUUAAGCGCGGCCGCCACAUACAGCGGGGCCGUCCUCGGAAAUACGCCGCUGAUGAGAACUUUGACGAGCUGCUCGUACAAAGUCCAGCCUUAGUGAAGAACAUUCAGACCAGCUUGGGCUAUGGUCCGACCCUCUCUGCUGCCUUCCAGGCUUCAAUGGCAGAAAACAACAUACCUCUAUACACUACUGCUUCCAUUGGAAGUCCCACCCUCCACUCCCUGGCUAACGCCAUCCGCGAGGAGAUGAACGGAGCGAUGGACCAUGGAAACAGCAACGGCAGUGACAGCAGCCCGGGACGCUCGCCCCUGCCAGCUAUGCAUCACAUCAGCGUUAAGGAGGAACCGCUGGACCCCGAAGACCACGAAGGGCCCCUCUCCCUGGUAACGACUGCCAAUCACAGUCCGGAUUUCGAUCACCACAGAGAUUACGACGACGACCAGGGCCACGACGACAUGCUGUAAGGCUAGCGCCGCCCCCUCCCCCGGCCUUCAGAGGCAGAGGCAGUCUGGGUCAUCUCGGGGGGACACGAAACGCUCCCCAGAUAACGAACACUGAACUGCAAGUCUCAGCCACUGGUGACAGCUCUCAAAUGUCUCCCGAGUUUUUAGUGCCAUUACAAAUACAUAGCAAGAACACACACACACACACACACACACAUACACACACACACAUUCUGAUUACUUUUGAUUUAAGCUUAAAAAGUGAAACUUCAAUUUCUACUCAUGUGUGGACUUGUUUGGUACGGGGGGGGUGGCGACGUGUUCGCGGUCAGAGACCCCUCGCCGGCCGCCGCAGCCAGGACGGACUGCACUCAGCGGACUGCAGGAGGGUGUUGUGUCUCUCCCCCCCCCUCUCCGCUCUCUCUCAGACACACACACACGUGACCACAAACUCAAGAGAGAGAAUGACUUUAAUUUUGUGUGUGCGGAUGAAGCGAGCGCGGACUUCUGUUCAUUGUCACUGCCUUCAACACUUCUCAUUGGUUUCCAUCUCGGGUGGGAGGGAUGUUUUUAUUUGGGUGUAUUUUUUUUUUUGUUUCGUUGGGGGGGUGAGAGGUUAUCAAAAUAUCAACAUAAUGUGUCUUUUUUCCAUUCAAUGCUGUUAUCGAUGUUGCAUCUUUAUUGUUGUUUCUCUAAACUGAUCAGACCUCAUGCCCAUGCUGUGGAGAUUCUGUGUGGUCAGCACUUGAUGAUGAAUGUUUAUGAUUUCCUUUCAUGUUGUUCUUUUGAAAACACACACACAUGAAGCCGAAUGUCACACGCCGAGUAGUAUUUUUCUGUCAUUUAUUCCACAAUCUUCAAAAAGAAAAAAGUCACCACUCUGACGUGUAGCCCGCCCCUCCUCACCCUCCUCACCCUCCUCUUCCUCCCCCCUUCCCGCUCAUGAAGUCCAUUGGCAAUGCACUACUCGUAAUGAAGGCUCUCUCCACGCAUCAAUGAAGUUUAAUUUAAGAUGCGAAUGAAUGACAGAGAAAUCAUGCAGGUUAUGAUUUAUCCUUAUGAAAUUAUACUUUAAAACAGCCCCUCACGGCAGCAGCAUGUCGAGCCGCCGCAACACAAUUUCUGAUCACUUACAAGCUGUGGGUUUUUUAAAAAAAAAAGCAAAAUGAAAAUGUCAGGUGUGCACCGGAGAGAUAAUGAUUUAGACCAACUAAUUGUGAUUCCUGAACACAACUUGUCGUUGUUAAUCAAACGCGUCUGCUUUUUUUUCACGCUGCAAAUUUCAUCCAGUGGCUUGAAGAUAAACGUGCAUUCCCUGUAAGUUUUAUUUGUAUCACGCGCAUGACCAGUUUUUGAGUUUAUAAGUGAUCGUUUAAAAAAAAUUGCACACCGGAUGAAAUGCUCAUUUUGUUUUCAUUGAGGGUAGAAAUCCCACGACUUGCAAUAAGACCUAAACAUUGCACAUUCCAGCAUUCGACAGCCAUCGAAAAGGGCCCAAACAUACAGUAACAUGCCAUUUAGGGGAUGUGGAGACCUCCACGUUCACCCAAAAAAAGCCAAUAGUUGUAGUCCACAGCGUUGAACCGAGCGGAUCCACAUGUGGUUUUUGUGAUGCAGCGACAGCUUUGGUAGGGAGUCAAAUUUGACAUGAAUUUUCAAGACUGCAAUCAACCACUUUUAAUUUUGUAUUUAUUAUUAUUUUAUGUUUUAUUUUGCUUUUUUUUUUUUUAGUUGUUGAUGUGUUUUAAUAUUGUUCUGUGACUACCAAAGAUAAAGUCAAUGUUGUGUGUUCCAUGCAAUAGCAGAUAAGGCCAAAUAUCUCUCCUCCGUUCUCUCCCACUGGAUCAAUCUCGAGCCGGUGGCAGAUCGAAUCGAAGGGAAACGCUCCUCAAACUGGUGUUUUUCAUUCAUCUUUUAUUUUAUAAAAAACCAAAGGGGGUGUCUCGAACAGGACAGCUGCAGUAAUGUUUGCAGUGACCAAAACUGAAUGGGAGGCGCUGACAGUCUGACUAUACACGAUGACCAAAUUAGGGAAGCUUUUUUUUGUCUUUGGGCCAGUGAGCGGGGGGAAAAGGGAGCUUUCUGGUCAGGAGCAGAUUUGUGUGUAGAUUUAAAGUCGAUGAGGAAAAAUAUACUGGUAAAUGGAAAAAAGCUUUGCAGAGAACAAUGUGAAACGGAUUCUAUACUUCAACUGGACCACACGAUGAUUCAAUGUUUCUCUUCUUUUAUUCCUUAUUCAUUUGUAUCCUUUGAAAUGAUUGUAUGCCACUUUUUAGGGGUUUUAGCGUCUUUUUUGGCAAGACUUUAUGAUUGUGUUUAGUUUCUGUAUUACUUUUUAUAUUAAAAAACACUCCUGUCAACUAAUAAGCUGGGUACAAGGUACUUUAUGGCAGUUAUUGUUAUUAUUAUUUUAUUUUUUUUAAGUUCACCGCUCAUUAACUAAGAAAAAAAAAAGGAAAAAAGGGCAAUCUGUGGUUUCCAGAAGUUGUAUUUAAUAUCCAGGCAGCUGUGGGAUGGGUCAGUUCCAGCCAGGCUGGGAUCGUGAGAACGGGGCCGAGCUCAUCCACAAACCCCCCCAGUCAUCUGGCUGGUUUGUUUGGUAUUUGAAAACGGAGGAAAAAGCGCUGGUAGAUUAGAACAUUCUCAGCAUGUGUAGCUCGACAUUACUAAAGAUAACAGCAUGAGAAAACCGUUUUUGUACGCAUACCUCAGUUCAAACCUAUAGGGAAUGAUUCAAUUAAAUGAGAAAAAAAAUAAACAAACAUUUCACUCAGUUGCACUUAGUUGUAUGUCUUGCAUGUGUAGUCUGAUUACUGUAGAGAGAAAACUACAAAAAAAAAAGAAAAAAUGAAAUUAGAGCUUGUUUAUCUUUAAAGGUUUCUUUUCUUUUUUGCCAAACCAAUCCAAACCUCAGGCCUUUUUGUUCAUGGAAACAUCACCCAGCUGUGUGUGGCACCGUUCAUCCUGUCAAAGUCUCCGAUGGGUUUGUUUUAAGGGCGUUCCAAUAUUAGGUUGUACAUACAUGUCGGUAUAGCCUUUUGUCUUUUUCCUGUCUUUUUCUUCUCUGUCUUUUUUUUUUUUUUUAAGAUCAAAAAAUACAUUUGUGUUAUGAUGUUUGCUUUAUCGCGACUGCUUUGUAUUAACUAUGAAAUAGCUAUGAGAAAAAAAAAACUGCUGUAUGUAUUGGAAUAGCAAACUGUGCUGCAAAUGUAUUUUACUUAGUAAUCCUUGCUUUAAAAAAAGACAAAAAAAAUUCACAUCAUCCACGCAGACGUCUGGGUGAGCCGGGCAGGGGCAGGCCGGGGGGGGGGGAGAUUAUCCCCCAUUUUGGAUUUUAAACUGUAAUAUAGAAAACAGACUUUUUCUCUGUUAUCAUUGACCUAAGCAUUUUGUACAGAUUUUUUUCCCUCUUUGUGUUAAGCUGUUUUUUGAUACUUCCUUUUGAUGGUCCAACCACUGCCUUCUGUGGCUGUAUGUUAAAGAUUACUGCUCUGAGAAAAGGGCAGACAGGUAUAUUUCCUCUACAAGACGGAGAUAUCUUGCAUGACUAAUCCCAGGGUCACAGAGAUAGGGAAGGGGGAGGGGGAUAUGUUUUAAGUGGUCAGUAAUAAUAUAAGGGUGUAUCAAUCUAAUGAUAUUUUAUAUGAAAUGAAUAGGAAAAAGAAAAAAAUAUGCAGUGCCAAGAUGUAAAGAAUAUUGUUAAAUGCUGUUUUUUUGUUUUUGUUUGAAAAGUUCAUUUCAUUCGCGCAUCAAAGAUGUGUCCUUCUCAUCCAUGUCAUGUAGGUAAAACACACAUUUUGUUUGGCAUCAAGAUAUUUAUAUUUUUAUCUCAAGGGUCAUUGUAAAUGAGUCAAACCAAGCACAGCAGGCCAGGGUCAAAGGUUAGACGUUGCUGGAGACUCCUGCAAACGGCGGCCGUGUGGCAUCAGAUACCCCCCCAAACAUCACACACACUGGCACCCGAGCUAAAAAAUGCCAUUGUUUCAUCCAUCACCAACCAUCCAGCCUUGCUGUCAUUCCGUCCCCCUCGUUCUCCGUCUCUCGCACCACACUUUCUCCAGAUGGAGGGGGAGGGAGGGAGAGCGGAGCGGAGGGAGGGGGGGGCAGCCCAGGAGCUGUCACGGUGCUCUCAUCCUGCAGCAGCUUUUCUGUUUCUUCCUCUUUCUUUUUUCUUUGAAGAUGUACUCUGUAGUUUCUUUUUUCCUGAUUUUUUUUUUUUUUUUUUUUUUUUUUCAUAGAGAAAUAUUAUUGCUCAUCACUUCCAUCAGUCUGUAACCUCCUCAUCAUUCCUCGUCUGUCUGAUGCAGACCACUCUGUUGUAGUCAGUGGCGAUGACUGACGUGAGCAUUCUAAACAUGCAAUAAAAUGCUGGUUGUUCAGAU